AUCUGCGCUGUCAGGCGCAGGAAAAGUGGAUCCACCGCUACAAGCCAACACCUCUUGUCUUCAUCCUGUCAUGCGUGCAGGAGAGCAGCUCCUUCCAUCUCUUUCACUCAUCUCCACCAUCCCGCCGCACAUGUUUUUGCGCGUCCAGGAAAACUCGCUGCGUCGCACAGAAUGAACGGUUACGGAUCCCCGUAUCUGUACAUGGGGGCCCCGGUGUCCCAGCCGAGGGCCCCGCUGCAGAGGACACCCAAGUGCGCCCGGUGCCGAAACCACGGAGUCCUGUCGUGGCUCAAGGGACACAAGCGCUACUGUCGCUUCAAGGAUUGCACCUGUGAGAAAUGCAUCCUUAUCAUCGAGAGGCAGCGCGUCAUGGCGGCGCAGGUGGCGCUCCGGAGGCAGCAGGCGAACGAGAGCCUGGAGAGCCUCAUCCCGGAGUCCCUCAGAGCGCUGCCGGGCAUCGGCAUGAGCGGAGCGGCCGAGGGGAACCAGGGGGCCCCGCCAAGGACGGAGGAGCUGGAGCUGAGGUGGAGCGGCUCAGAGCCUCUGCAGGCCGGGGAGCAAACACGCUCAGGUAGGAGAGAAGCUGCAGAUGAGGGUCCAGAUGAGGCUUCAGGAGGGGAGAACACAGGCAGCUCCAGUGAGAAGGAGCAGGAACCGGUCAGCUCUCCUGAGGGCUCCAAACCAAACUCCUGCUACACCCCGGAGCCCGCAGAGAUCGGCCCCCAGCAGGAGGAGAGCCGCUACAGCCUCCCUAAAGCCGGCAGUGCUGAGAAGGAGGUCAGAGCCGAGAGUCCUCAGAGACAGCCCUCCAGCUCCGGGGACCAGAGCCUGCUGAUUGAGGGCCUCUCCGGCUCCAUCAGCCUGCCGUUCAGCCUCAGGGCCAACAGGCCUCCGCUGGAGGUCCUCAAGAAGAUCUUCCCCACGCACAAGCCCCCGGUGCUGGAGCUGAUCCUGCGGGGCUGUGGGGGGGAUCUGGUGGGAGCCAUCGAGGUUCUGCUGUCCAGCAGGAGUCCGGACGGAAGCGCGCCCCCCCAGACAGAGCCUCACCCGGUUCCGGAGGGCCUGGUUCUGCCUUCAAACGGACACCUGUUCGAGCACACGCUGGGCUCCUACCACCCGGUGUCCUCCUCCGCUAAGUGGUCGGUCGGUUCCGCCUUCCGAGUCCCGGACUCCCUUCGGUUCGGUUCGGACUCCGCGUCGGGCGCGCUGGGCGUCCCCCUGCAGCAUCCGUCCUUCCCGCAGCCCGCGCGCUACCCGCUCAUGCUGCGCAGCUCGCUGACGCGCAGCCAGAGCGGCCCCUUCAUGCACAACGACGUGACCCUGUGGAACACCGUGGCCCUGCAGCAGCAGUACCAGCUCCGCUCCGCCGCACAGUACGUCUCCCCCUUCGGCCCGGCGGCCCCCGCGGGCCCCGGGGCCUCGGUGUUCCGGAGCUCUCCGAUCAUCCCCUCCAGAGCCCCAGAGGAGCAGCGCAUCAGCAUCCAGGAGGAGAGCUGCGCGCUCGGACCCAAAGCGGGCCUCUACUCCCCGGAGGAGGAGUACGAAAAACGCUCUGACUCCGCAGACUCCAGCAUCCUGAACUCAUCCUCCUAAAACAGGAGCUGGAUGCUGCACAACCAACAUGGGAGAUAUUGUGUUGCUUAAACUGAGCAACCUGGACAAGAUGUCAGCGACUUGGCCAAAAAUGGAUGAAUGUACCAGACUGGGCUUUUUUUCUUUUUUCUGUGAGCAUGUUUAUCUAAUGUAAGGAUCAACUCUGCAUGUCCAAUAUGCCAAAUAAACCUGUUGCCCAAAUGGAUCAGCUUGGUUUCUCUAGCGCUGAAUUACA